AUGGCGACGCUCCGGUUGUCUUGGCCGGCCUUCCGAAAGCGUUGUGACAUCGUGCGUUUUGCGACCUUCCUUUUGCUGGUGGGAAAGGCAGUGCAUGUCAAAUCGUUGGCCCAAAGGCAUCAAUACAGUUCCACGGAAUCUUCAAUUUCGACCAUCAAGCACUCUCGUCGAGAAAUACUACAAUCCGUCGGCACGAUAUUGACUGGAAUAGUUGCGGUCCCUUCAACAGCUGCGGCGGGAGAGGUAGGCGCGAGGAUCAAUCGGGCAGUUACCGAGUCUGACUUGGGUCUUUCUGUCCGUCGAUCCGUCGUUCAAGGGGCACAAACCUUUGAUGCUUUUGACGGAAAAUUUGAGCAGUUCGCCGACAAGUAUGGGCUAGGAUCGGAGCGAUCGAAGCAAAGGGCUAAACCCGCUCCGAAAAUCAUCCCUGAGCCGAAUCCCCUCGACACGUCUCUGGCGCUUCUGGUUCUUGAAGCUGCCGACCGGGCGUUCCUGGCGGCUGCAAAUCUCGAUAGCGCAACUUUACAAAAGCAAAUCGAAAAAGUGACCGUUACCGUCCGGCCUUCCUUUGCACGCUCGGGUCUAACAAUACAGGAAAUGCAGUCGAGAAGACCAACAUCCGCUUCCCAAUUUAAUUUCCUGUCGUAUGUUCAAUACAGGGCCUACCUGGAACUUAUCAUUGAUCGCAACAUCAAUUUUCGCAAGUUCAAGACCGAUUUUGAGGCUCGCAUGGGUGCGGCGCUCCUGAAUCUCUGUCUGCCAAAUUAUUCUGCGGCCAUGUCUUCACUGGACCGGCCGUCCUUUAAUUCCGUAGCCGAUAAACUCAAGUAUCAAUUAUACCAGGCGGAAGAAGGCAUCCACGAGCUUAAAGAUGUUUUGCUUGACAAAGGGCUCGUUUCAAUCAUCGAAGUGUCUCCAUUUGAAGCCGAACAAGUAGAAGAUUGGUCGGAAGACUUGGCUGAUCUGCAGUGGAGUAUAGCCUUGGACGGCGAAAUUACGCUCCAGGCACAAAUUUUGUUGCAGGAGCAAGGGUAUCGGCUUUAUCCCGAUUUUGCGCGCUACGCUAUACAGACUUUACUGCAAAAUACGAUUGAGGGCCAAUCGGUCGAGAUCACGGAUUAUUAUAUGGACACGGACUACAAUUCAGAUCCCGACAAGUUCGACCCCAAGGAGCUUUUACUCAAUAUUGUUUUAGAAAGUACAUAA